AGCAUUAUAAAUAUCUCGACAAAUGGUGCAUUCUUGGUCAUUACGCGUCUGGAGGUAUUCGGGAAUAGCAGAACCGUUCCUAGCAAUCGAAGUCGGCAGCUCGGUGUGACUUUAACAGGGUGCCGGUGAAACAGUGUGUGAUUGGUUCUGUGUGGAGAGCUUUGUUUGAAUCGGUGGCUGUCAUUAGCUGUACCAAGUGCCAUUGUGACUCUGGAAAGAGAAGCGAAAUAAUACAAAGUGCCACUAGUAAGAUGCAGCAAUUGAAGUUGUUGUUUGUGCUUUUACUGUCCAGCGCAUCCGUACGAGCAUUCUGGUGGUCUACCAGCCAGACUAGUGAUCCACCAGUGCCCAGCAAACAGGUGCAGUAUGUCCGGGCCUUUACCUACCAACCGGUGGCAUUCCCGGCACACUCGCUGCUAGCACCACCGUCACCGUACAAGUUCAUCCAAGCUAGUCCAGCGUCCAUCAUACCAACGGCAAAGCAGAUCGCUCCGGUACAGCCCACCAGCCAGCCCGUACAGCAGCAGGUCCAGCAGCAGAGCAACAGUAGUCCAUUUAGCAGCUUUUUUGGCAAUGCUUUUGGUGGUAUGGGCCAAUCCAUCGGUGGAUCUCUGCCAUCGUUCCAGCAGCAGCAGCAGCAGCAGCAGCAACAGCAUCAGCAACACCAACAGCAUCAGCAGCAUCUACAGCAAGUUCAACAGCAGCAGCACCAGCAGCAACAGCAGCACCAGCAGCAACAUCAGCCGCAGCAACAGGUAGUACAGGUACCAUCAUCACCUCCGGCAACACCUUCACCAACCGAAGUGCCAACCGUGAACCAAACUCCCUCCGUGACGGGAUUUUACGGCCAGCAGCAUCCGAGCAAAUAUCCGUACUUCACCAUGGACCAGGUCCAGUACCUGUCCAGCCUACCGUCGAACGCACCGCACACGCCCCAGGUUCAGUUCGUGCCCUGCAUGUGCCCGAUCGCGGUCAAUGUGCAGAGUCACGGGGAGGUCGCCGACAAGCGGUUAGAUGAAACGGCAACCACCGACGCGGAAGUGGUCGUACCGAGCGGUGGUGAAAGUGAAAAGUGAACAACCCACAAGACCACAGACCCUAGUUCUAGGGAGUGAUCGUGUAGGCGAUCGUGGACAUAAAGUGGAGCCAAUAUCUAAAAGUUCUGUUGUGCUAUUUAUUUUUGAAUGUUUGUUUCACGUUGAAACUGCCGGGCUCUGUUUGUGUUAGAGUACAAAUGUCUUAACGUAAUAGUUUGGAGAAAGCUUUUCUAGGGAACCUAUUUAUAGUGCCGUUCUGUAGCAAACGAAAGCCCCACACCGAUAGAUAGAUUGAUGAAUUGAGGAGCGAAGGAAACAAAUAAAUCAAUUAACUUUGUAGCGAAA